AUGCGAACUGUUCCGAAUGUAUUCAUCUUAAACUUGGCGUCCAGUGAUUUUCUCUUCAUGCUAGGGAUUCCGUUUCUUCUGCAGUACAACAUGCAAGGACAAUGGAUAUUCGGAAACGGCAUGUGUAAAAUAGUACAGUGUAUUGAUUACAUCAACAUGUUUACUGGAAUAUUCACCUUAACAGUGAUGAGUUGUGAUCGAUAUUUAGCGCUUGUUUACCCGUUAAGAUCAAUGUCACUACGGACAGUUAAGCACGCUCGCAUAACCUGUAUCAUAUUGUGGAUUAUUUCUAUUCCAUUGACUUUACCGUUGUGGUUGUACUCCACCGUUUCCCAAGCUACCGACGGGUCAAACAAGACAUUGUGUGUCACGAGCUGGCCUAAUGAGUACAUUGAGAAUGGUUUUUUUUUACUCGUAUUCAUCGUUGGAUUUGCACUUCCCAUAUUGCUAAUAUCUCUCUGUCAUAUCGGCAUUUUACGACAUGUUGUCUACAUGAAGAAGAGGAUUAACCUUGGAAAAAACUGUUCUCAGUUUUCAAUGAAAAUAACCAUUAUAAUCCUUCUAACUGUUAUCGCAUUUGCGAUAUGCUGGUUGCCAUAUUGGGUACUCUUACUACUCAGAGCACUUGGAGACCAGGAGGUUACUCUAGAGUACUUCAUAGUCUUCAAUAUUGCCGUGUGUUUGAGUUAUUUCAACAGUUGCCUUAAUCCGAUUAUAUACACAUGCGUGGGCAAAGAUUUCCAAAACAGAAUGUCUGGUUGUUUUCAAUGUUCCAAACGAAUAAGAAGCAACAGCAGACGAUACACAUCGCCGACCACAACAAACGCUCGUAUGACAAGAUUAUAA